AUGUCCUCCAUCACUAUCGCAACGCUUCCCCGCAUGAGUCGAGACGUCUUGUCCUCGCUGCUGUUGUCGACCAGUGCUUCGAACAAACUGGCCAUCAUCGACGUUCGAGAUUCCGAUCACGUCGGCGGCCACAUCUAUUCCUCGACAUGGGUCCCCAGCUCCACGCUCGACUACCGCAUGCCCGAACUGGUGCGCACGCUCAAGGACAAGGAGAAGGUGGUGUUCCACUGCACCCUCAGCCAGCAGCGCGGUCCGUCGGCGGCCCUGCGGUACGCGCGCGAGCGAGAGCGCAUGCUCGGCGCCGAAGAGAGCAAGAAGCAGGAGGUCUUCGUGCUCGAGGGCGGGUUCGUGCGGUGGCAGGAAAAGUACGGCAAAGAUACCCGGUUGACGGAGGCGUAUGAGGAAGAUAUAUGGAGAGAGUACUGA